CUUUUGAUGGCGCUUAUGAAAUGACGUCGUAUCCGUGCGACAGAAACGUACAGCAUACAACAGCGGCCUGUGUUCCCACUUGAGCGCUGUAAUUUUUCUCAUCGGUGAAGGAUUUUUCCCUACAAUCCAUCACCACCAUGAAACUAGUCCGGUUUUUGAUGAAGCUCAGCCAUGAGACGGUCACCAUUGAGCUAAAGAAUGGCACCCAGGUCCAUGGCACUAUUACAGGAGUUGAUGUGAGCAUGAACACCCACCUUAAAGCCGUGAAAAUGACCCUAAAAAACAGGGAGCCCACUCAGCUGGAAUCGCUGAGUAUCCGUGGCAACAACAUCCGCUACUUCAUCCUUCCUGACAGCCUCCCUCUGGACACUUUGCUGGUUGACAUCGAGCCAAAAAUCAAGUCCAAGAAGAGGGAAGCAGUGGCUGGACGGGGACGUGGCAGAGGCCGAGGGCGAGGCAGGGGAAGGGGCCGAGGCCGGGGUGGCCCCAGGAGAUGAUCACCUGGUUGGAUGUAUCUUGCCAUCACCCCACUGUUUGUACAGGAUCUUUUUCCCUUUUCUCAGAGUGAUUUUGUGAAUUUUCAUGUGUUUUCUUUAGUUUUGUUUUUCUUAUUUUGUACAUUAAAAUCCUUAUAAAGAGGAUAAACUUGAAUGUGCAUUAUUUCCAGUUUCCUAAAAGGAUUUUUUGUUCACAUUAUGUCCUUGAAUAAAGAAUUGCAUAGAA